AUGCAGAACGUCCGAACUUUUAGGUCUCGUGACCACCCAAACUUCCAACACAUUAAUCUUCAAGACGGUCCAACUCUCUCGACUGCAUCCUUCACAGUGCAAUUCGAGGAACUUGUGGCUGAACCUUGUCGUCGGAAGCCAUUACCUCCCGGUGAUCCUUUGGUGGUCAUCAUCGAUGCUUUAGACGAGUGUGAGCCCUUAUUGAUAUACUUCGAGAAAGAAGUGCCGAAAUUACCGUCGAACAUCAAGUUCUUUCUCACCUCGAGACCAAUUUAUCUUGUUGAUCGUCUUCUCUCAUCCAAUUUCCCUAUUGGCAUGCUUGGCAUAAAUAUCUUGGAUGAUGCCAACAAACAAGACUGCUCUGUUUACAUCCGCGCACAGCUGCGUCGUGCAAGAGAUGCCCAUCCGGGUUUGAAAGGUGAAUUCACGAAAGAAGAUACUAUGCUGGUCCAUGGCAUAUCGGAAAAAGCGGGUGGAUUGUUCAUUUGGCUUAGCACCGUCUUCCGCUAUGUGAGGUUUGGCCAAGAAGCCGAGGGAGACGCUAGACAAGCUGCUUGA